AUGAGUUCUUCGGAGGAGAACUACCAAGUUGUAAUACUCUAUAGAGCGAACAAUUUCAUGCAAGCUCUUUUUGAAAAUUCUGGACCCCGCAAUGUGCAUAACCAGUCGAAAUCGCGCGCAGAAGGCCUUCUAGCGCCUGUCUUGCGACCACGAGUCUCCCGGGCUUUAUUUGGUGCGUUGAUUAAAAUUUUGCCAGGUGGAUCUAAAGUCAGAAGAUAUUAUUGCCAACUAAUGGAACGUCGUCUACCAAAGUUGUCUCAACUGACGGACCCUUUCACGGAAUUGCAGCUAAAUAUCCACAUGAGAGUUAUACCAUUGGUGUCGAUGUCAUUUAAAUAUAGUCUUAAACUUUUGAUAGUAGAUGAGCUGCUCGAAACUAAUUUUAUACCAUUAGAAAAGCUAAGAAGAGUUUUCUAUGUCGUAAGAUUUGAAAUUUCUAUACUUGCAAAAAGUGUCAGUCAUGGGCAUAAUACGAAUUAA